UAAUGUUGACGGCAAAACCCAAAACCCUACAGAUCUUCUUCCCCCCUGCGUCGCUGCUCCGAUUCGGGUCGAAAUUUCACCUGAGCAAAAAAAUGUUCGCGAGGCGGCUCACUUCUUCUCUCUUCAAAGGAUCUUCAACCUCCUCAAGCUCGGACAAAACAGGGAAAGCUGGGACGUUGGGGUCUUUUGGUCGGAAGGCAGUGUCUUUUGUCUUGAUUACAGUCACCGGUGGUGUUGCUUUGAGUGCCCUCGAUGAUCUUUCUAUCUACCGUGGAUGUAGCAGCAAGGCGAUGGAGAAGGUGAUAAAUAGUAAGGCGAUGAUUGAAGCUAUUGGAGAACCAAUUGAGAAAGGGCCAUGGUACAGUGCUUCACUAGCCGUUUCUCACCAAAGACACUCAGUGUCUUGUUCAUUCCCUGUCGUUGGACCACAAGGCACUGGAAUCUUGCAUCUCAAAGCUGUUCGCAAUGGGGAAGAUAGCUUGUUGGGGUUCCUGAAGCAAAGGGACUGGGACAUUCUGAUAAUGGACGCACUUGUCCAUGUCCCCUCAAACGAUGGACCCCAACAAACCUUGAGAAUCAACAUUUCUAACAUGGUUGAUCCUUCGCCUGGUGUCGACAACAAUAAACCUUCGGAACCACAAGAAGAGCCAAAGAAGAGCUAGAGAACGCUGUGUGAUGAUGUAUCAUGUACGCACGCUUCGCUUCGCUUCGUUGUGGAGUUUCUGGCUAGGGUUUUAUCCCCUUCUAUUUAUUAUACAUCUUGGUGGAGCAACAGAGAAUCGAGUCUUUUGAUUUACUAAUAAAUAAAUAAUGACCAACACUUGAGUAUACAAAAGUUGAAUACAUGAUUGGUAAUAAUAAUUAGUCUAGUGAAUACAAUUCAGCAGCAUUGCUGCUAUGUGUUUUUUGGUCUUUUUAUGUAUACACAAUUUGGUUUUA